AUGGCCGACGACGACAGCAAAAAGAGCUCCAACAGCGCGGCUGCCACACGCCUCGCCCAAGUCUCCAACCACAUCUCCCCACCUCCCCAGUCCACAACGCCCAACCCACCAAACGACGACGACGACAACAAAAGACCCCGCCGCGGCCGCAACCGCAACCGCAACCGCACCACCGCCACCAACCUCCCCGCCGACUACUCGGACAUCCUGAACCAACUCAACACCAUCCACACCCUCGCCCGGCGCACGCCCUCCCCCUCCCACCGCGGCUACGCCCGCCAAAAAGCCUCGGGCAAGCUCUGGGUCCGCGAGCGCAUCGCCCAGCUCCUCGACCUCUCCACCUCUCCCUUCCACGAAAUCGGCAGCGCCAGCGGCACCGCGACGUGGACCGCCCCCUCCUCGUCCUCCUCCCCCACCCCCACAAUCAGCACCUUCACCCCCUCCAACAACAUCCUCGGGCUCGGCACCGUCCUCACCCCCACCAACAACAACCACCCACCCCGCCCCCGCCGCAUCCUCCUCACCGCCGACGACUUCACCCUCCGCGCCGGCCACGCCGACGGCGCCACGUCGGACAAGACGCUCUACGGCGAGCAACUCGCGCUGGCGCUGCGCGUGCCCGUGGUGAAGCUGGUCGACGGCUCGUCGGGCGGGGGGUCGGUGUCGACGAUCCGCGACGCGGGCUGGUCGUACGUGCCGCCGAUGCGCGGGUGGGGCGCCGUGGUGGAGCAGCUGAAUAGCGGGAUACCGAACCUGGGCGCGGUGCUGGGGCCGGCCAUCGGGCUGGGGGCGGCGCGGGUGGCGGCGGCGCAUUGGUCUGUCAUGGCGGGGGAUGUGGGCGCGUUGUUUAAUGCGGGGACGAAGGUCGUUGCUGGCGCGACGUUCGAGGAGGGGUUGACGUUUAGGGAUCUCGGCGGGCCGGCGGUGCAUUGCACGAACGGCACGAUUGACAACUUGGCCGCGAACGAGGCCGAGUGCUUCGAGCAGCUGCGGACGGUGCUGGGAUACUUGCCCAACUCGGGGACGGAGGUGCCGCCGACGCUGCUGCUUGCGGACGACGGCGAUCCGCCCGAUCGAACGACGCCGGAGCUGCGCACCGUGGUUCCAAGGAAAAGGGAGAGGAUGUACGAUCCGAGGAGGAUCAUCACCACCGUGGUUGACAGAGGCUCCUGGUUCGAGAUCGGAGCGCUGUGGGGAACGACCGCCAUUGUCGGGCUGGCACGGCUUGGCGGGCGUCCGGUCGGCAUUGUGUCAUUGAACUGUGAAGUCAACGCUGGUGCUCUGGAUUCUCUUGGAUCCCAGAAAAUCACCAGACACCUCAAGUUCUGCGACGUCUUCAACAUCCCGAUCGUGCAAUUCGUCGAUAUUCCGGGUUAUGCCGUGGGAACCGUUGCGGAACGCACGGCGACGAUGCGCCACGGCAUCACCCUGGCCACGACCUAUUACAGCACAACGAUCCCCAUCUUCUCCGUCAUCGUGCGCCGCGUGUAUGGCGUGGCCGGCGGUAUCAUGGUCGACUCGAGGGAGCCGCACAUGCGCGUUGCUUGGCCUAGUGGUGAAUGGGGUAGUCUCCCUCUUGAUGGCGGGAUCGAAGCAAGUCAUUCCCACGAGUUGAAGGAGAUUGAGAGGAAAGAAGGGAAAGAGAGGAUGAAAGAGAGAUACAAAGAGCUAGAACAAGAGUACCGGCGUUUGAUGAAUCCAGUACGGACGGCGAAUGCGUUUGGAAUCGAGGAAAUCGUGGAUCCGGCUGUUACAAGACCAUUGGUGGCCGAGUGGGUGAAGCAUGUAUACGAGGUGCUGCUGCCAUUGAGGGUACAACAGAGGAUAUCGGGGACCUUGAAGCCGAAGUUUACGUGA